GAGAGAGGGAGGAGUUGCAGCCUUGGGUGUACAGCGACUGCUUUGGGAAGGAGAGCCCGGCCAGGAAUGGAGUGAAUAACCUUUGGGGCAGGAGACCUUCGCCGGAGCCCAGGUGAGAGAGAGAGAGAUAGAGAGGGGGACGAUGGAGCCAGCACUUUGCCAGGAGGUGGUGACCAAGUUCUUGGUGGGCUCAGCGGGCAAGGUGGAGAACUCCAAACUGCUGUUCCACUUCAGGAACCAGUUGUGUCAGAGCGACCCGCAGUUGAAGAAAGAAGCCCGUGAGCUCUUCAAAAGCUUCAUCAACAAGGUGGCCGUGGUGCGGGAGGAAGAAGGGGUGAAGUAUGUGGUCCUCAAGAAGAGGAUGCACCACCUCCUGGCUGGCGAGGAGAUGCCCAAGGCGCUGGGCAAGGGGGCGAGUCUAGGGGACUUGGUGGAGGGGUUGCAGGAGCCGGGGGUUCGGCGCAACUCGGCGCCGUCCGCACUGUCCCCGGGCGAGGGGACAUCCCUCAACGCCGGCCUGUGGGGUGGGAAUUCGGCCCGUCCCCUGCCCGACCCACCUUCUGCAGACGGCGAGUGCCCGGCCAACGAGGUCGGCUUGCGGGGGCAGCAUCCCGCGACCUCCUCCGAGAACCUGCCCACCUCGGGAGACCGAGAUCCUGCCUCCACCUCCGAGAAGGUUUCCGAAGAUCUGAAGACCGACCUGGUUCCCCCCCAACCCGAGCAGUUGGGCAUCCCCCCACCUCCCCCAGAGAAAGCCAACCCCUCGCGUCCCGACCCGAAGGCGGAAGCCAAAGCCGAUGUUGACCCAGGUCUGGAAGGUCCGAAGACCACACCCGUACAGAAGACCAAACCGUACAUGUACCCUCUUCGCCUCCCUCCAGACUCCCAAAAAGUCUCCGUCCCUUACAGUGAGCAGAAGAAAGAAUCGCCAGACACCCAGAGCAAAAAUACCAGUGUGGUAACUUCGGGGAACCAAGCAGGCGCUAAAACGAAGAGAAGCCAACCAGCCGAGGGCGGGAGCAGUUCACCUUAUCUCAAGAGAGCUUCGAGGGUGUUGAAACUCCCUGAAGAUGCCCGGCUCUCCGACCAAGUCCCAUUGGAUCCAAUGGAGCAUGAGUGGAUCGUAAAGACCGCUCUUGGCCACUGGACGCAUGUGACUGGCUUGCUCCUGAAGGACCACUACUUGGCUGAGAAGAAGGACUUCAUGUCGGGCUUUACCGCCGUGCACUGGGCAGCGAAAUUCGGCAACAGCGACAUGAUGUGUUGGAUUAUCGACAACACGGAGCGGAACGGGCUCAAGGUGGACAUUAACUGUAAAUCCCACGGAGGUUAUACCCCCUUGCACAUUGCGGCCAUUCACAGCCGGGACAAUGUCAUCAUCGAGCUGGUGGGGAAGUAUGGCGCAAAGACAACUCUCCGAGACUACAGCGGCAAGAGGCCCCAUCACUACCUGGCCAAGGAGAGCUCCUUGGUCGUCAGGCAAAUGCUGGGGGACCCCGAGGCCUCAGCGAGUGAGUCCGUCCACCAGAAGCGAGGGUCGAAGGUGGCCUCUUCCAUCCUGAGCGGAGGCAACAGCCUCCUGGGCGCCCUGGCCGAAGAUGCGCUCUUCCCGGACCUCUCCAAGUCGCUGAAGAAGCCGGCCAACCUCAGCAAGUUCUUCACCGCUCCCACCGCGCACAUUCACAAGAAGAGGGCCAAAACGCGGACAAACUUUGCUUCACUCCAUGAAGAGCCGGAGGAGGAGAGAGAAGAGGUGGUUGUGAAGCGCCGACCAGUGACUGAAGUAUUCUUCUGAAGAGCGCUCUCAAACGUUAGUGCAUCAAUAGACAAUAGACAAUAGGUGCAGGAGUAGGCCAUUCGGCCCUUCGAGCCGGCACCGCCAUUCAAUGUGGUCAUGGCUGGUCAGAUAUGCUACGCUCCCAAUGUUAGGUCAUAAUGCUCUCAUUGGAUGAACACUGGAGAUCAAAAUGUAAUCUGGUACAUUAAGCUAUUUUGAAUAGACACAAAAACUCAGCGGGUAGGGCAGCAUCUCUGGAGAGGAGGAAUGGCGUAACGU